AUAAUUGUUCCCUGUCCUCUGGCCCUUUGCAAAUAAAUGCCUUACAGGACCUGCCAGGCCACCUCACUUGGAGCUGCACAGCAAGGAACAGCAUGACAGCUGGCUGGGGCUUUGCCUUUGCAAUCUGCAUUUUAGAAAUAAGUGUACUCACUGCAGAUCCUACUCCCAGUUAUGGCCAAGAGCCAAUAGAAAGGAGUGGCCCUCCAGCACCCACAGACUGCAAAAUGAGCCCCUGGAGUGAAUGGUCGCAAUGUGAUCCUUGCCUCAGACAAAUGUUUCGCUCAAGGAGCAUUGAGGCAUUUGGACAAUUUAAUGGGAAAAGCUGCAUUGACUCUGUGGGAGACAGAAGACAGUGUGUGCCCACUGAGGCCUGUGAUGAUGUUGAGGACGACUGUGGAAAUGAAUUUAAAUGUGGUACAGGCAGAUGCAUAAAGAGGCGACUUCUGUGUAAUGGUGACAAUGACUGUGGAGACUUUUCAGAUGAAGAUGAUUGUGAAAGUGAUCCCCAUCCCCCCUGCCGUGACAGAGUGGUAGAAGAGUCUGAGCUGGCGCGGACAGCAGGCUAUGGAAUCAACAUUUUAGGGAUGGAUCCCCUAAGCACACCUUUCGACAAUGAGUUCUACAAUGGACUCUGUAACCGGGAUCGGGAUGGAAACACUUUAACCUACUACCGAAGACCCUGGAAUGUGGCUUCUCUGGCCUAUGAAACCAAAGCUGAUAAAAAUUUCAGAACCGAAUAUUUUGAUGAACAGAUUCAAGCAUUUAAAAGUAUCAUCCAAGAGAGGACAUCAAAUUUUAACGCAAAUUUAGCUCUAAAGUUCACACCCACUGAAGUAAUGAAAGUUGAACAUGCCCAGGGUAAUUUUCAAUUUUCAUAUUCCAAAAAUGAAACUUACAAACUACUGGUGUCAUAUUCUUCAAAGAAGGAAAAAAAUUUUCUGCAUGUGAAAGGAGUAAUUCAUCUGGGAAGAUUUGUAAUGAGAAGUCGAGACGUUAUACUGACAAAAACUUUCUUGGAUGACAUAAAAGCUUUGCCAGCUACCUAUGAAAAGGGAGAAUAUUUUGCCUUUUUGGAAACCUAUGGAACCCACUACAGUAGCUCUGGGUCUCUAGGAGGACUCUAUGAACUAAUCUAUGUUUUGGAUAAAGCUUCUAUGAGAGAAAAAGGUGUGGAACUAACAGAUAUAAAGAGAUGCCUUGGGUAUCACCUGGAUUUCUCUUUGAGUAUCUCUGGAAUCUCUGCUGAAGCUCAAGCUAAUAAAAAUGAUUGUUUAAAGAGGGGUGACGGUAAAAUUGUAAACAUCACCCGUGAUAACCUCAUAGAUGAUGUUAUCUCACUCAUAAGAGGUGGAACAAGAAAAUAUGCAUAUGAACUGAAGGAAAAGCUUCACAGAAAAGCCACGAUUGAUGUGACUGAGUUUGUCAAUUGGGCCUCUUCCGUAAAUGAUGCUCCAGUGCUCAUUAGUCAAAAACUGUCUCCUAUAUAUAAUCUGGUUCCAGUGAAAAUAAAAGAUGCACACCUAAAGAAACAAAAUUUGGAAAGAGCCAUUGGAGAUUAUAUCGAUGAAUUUAGCCCGAGAAAAUGCCACCCAUGCCAAAAUGGAGGCACUGUGGUUCUGCUGGAUGGACAAUGUCUGUGUUCCUGCCCACUCACAUUUGAGGGAAUUGCCUGUGAAAUUAGAAAACAAAAGCUUUCUUAAGGAUUGCUAUCCCCCACCCCCUAUCAAAACAAACAAAAAAUAGAGCUCUUGGCUUCCCUGAGCUUCUAUGGAAGAAAAAAACACCAGGACCUUCCAAUGUAAGAUCCUGCUCCUGGAGAUGGUCUUCUCUGCCAAGUAAAAAGCAACAUACUUCAUGAAAAUCCUACCAACCUCUGAAGUCUCCUCUGUCUUAGUUCUACAAUGCUUUUCUUUCUUCCUUAAAAAUCUAUAAUGUUUCAAUUUUUUAUUCCCUAAUGAGGAGUCAACGGUGAAAUACGCUAGGACUGCUUUCUCCCACAGGCAAUGCCAAUCUCUUGCUAAUAAAACAAAAGUAAAUUGAAAACAGAAUUGGUUUAAAAGACUUUAGAGUAAUUGCCAAACUACUUUGUAUCAUUAAUAUAUUCUGCCAGUUCCAAUAUACGUCUGUACUGUGCAAUGUGGCUCUUAUUUA